AUGAGAAACAGUGUUGAAUACUAAGAUGAAUCUUGCAUAAAGAUGAAAAUUAUCAAAAAAGCGUGGAGUACUAAAGAGGAUAAUUUACUCAAAAAAGGAAUCAGAAAUUGUGGAAUGAAUUGGAUAGCAAUAGCUGAUUAUGUACCCAAUAGAAAUCCUAACUAAUGUGCACAAAGAUGGAAAAGACUUUAAGGGCAGAGGAGUAGAACUAAUUAAUUUUGGAAACCGGAAGAAGAUUAAUUGUUAUUAUAGCUCAUUUCAUAAUACGGAAUGAAGUGGUCAAAAAUAGCAUAGAUUUUCAAAAAUAGAAAUAGUAAAUAAUGUAGAAACCGCUUCAUUAAUGCACUUGAUCCAAAUUUAAAAUAAAAUAGCUUUACUCAGGAAGAAGACUAAUUGAUAUACCAAAAGUAUAUAGAGUAUGGUUCGAAGUGGUCAUAAAUUUCUAAAUUUCUAAUGGGUAGAUCGGAUAACUAAAUCAAGAAUAGGUUCUAUAAUAAUAUUAGAAGUUAGUACCUACAGAUUUAGAAUCCAUAUUAUUCAAAAUAGACAUAAUUUCAACCGAAGGAAUAACUAGAACAUGCAAGAGAAGAGCAUCUUAGAAUUAACGGAUCGCAUGAGAAGGAAAAAUUAAUUGAAGAUUAGAAUGAUAUGUAAACAAAGGAUCAAGACAUAUCAAGAUACAUAAAUGAAGAAAACUAUUCUAAUUUUGAUUAAUCAUUUUAUUCUAAUAUGGAUUUUGAAUAUUUGAGUACGAGCAAUGUGAAUAUAUUAUGAAUUACCGGAUUUUAUUUUAUUAAUUAAAUAU